AUGCAGCGAUCUACCGGUGAUGCGAUCCUCUCACGUAGACAAAUCGAGGCCCUAAUUGCAGGGGGUCAGUCGAUUAUUAUCGUGAACCAGAAGGUUCUGCGCGUGGAUGCCUGGAUUCCGUACCAUCCUGGUGGACAUAAGACCAUCCAGCAUGUUGUGGGAAAGGAUGCGACGGAUGAGUUUACGAUAUUCCACUGUGAAGAGACGCGACGAAUGAUUGCAAGAUAUCAAAUUGGGCGGAUUGAGGGAAGAUGGAUCAAUUUCGUGCCACCAAUUCAAGGGGGAGUAUUUCGAUCGGAUGAGGAUGGAAAAGACGAGUCGGCCAUCUUAGUCAAGGAAAAGCAGGACACUUCCUCAACUGGGCUCACAGCAGAUGCCGGCAUCCGCAAACGACACAGCGAGCCUGAGCCAAUGGAGAAUAUGGCCACCCAAGACGAAAUAACCUUUCUCGACACGCAAACCAAAGAAGAAAUCAAACUCACCCUAUCUCAGUACCCACCUCUGGACCCUGUAACUCAGGACGAAAUCGUCGCCCAGUACCGACUCCUGCACAGCCGAAUCCACGCCGAAGGCCUCUACAACUGCAACUACACAGCCUACGCCUGGGAAUUUGCCCGCUGCUCCCUUCUGUUCAGUAUCAUGCUCUUCCUCCUCCACAUCGGCUGGUACAACACCAGCGCCCUCUUCCUCGCCUGGUUCUGGUCCCAAAUGGUCUUCGCCGCCCACGACGCAGGCCAUAUCGGAAUCACCCAGAACUUUACGAUCGACAGUCUGAUUGGGAUGACGAUCGCCGCACCGAUCGGUGGCCUGUCCCUGGGCUGGUGGAAACGCAGCCACAACGUGCACCACAUCGUCACCAACGCACCCGAGCAUGAUCCUGACAAUCAGCACCUCCCCUUCCUGGCCGUUAACCAUCGCUUUCUCGGGAACCUCUUCUCCACCUACCACGAACGACUCCUGGCAUACAACAAGGUCGCCCAAGCCCUCGUCCCUUACCAAGCCUACCUGUACUACAUCGUUCUGCUCUUCGGCCGCUUCAACCUCUACGUGCAAUCCUGGAUCUUCCUCCUCCAGGCCCAAGGGCCCCGCAAGGGCCCCGCCAGAUGGCACCGCUGGUUCGAAAUAUGCGGGAAUCUCAUCUUCUGGCUCUGGUUCGGCUACGGCAUCCUCUACAAAGCCCUCCCAACACCACUGUCCCGCGUUUCGUUCGUCUUGAUCAGCCACAUGGCCACCAUGCCCCUGCACGUCCAAUUCACCGUCUCCCAUUUCGCAAUGUCCACGACCGACCUCGGCCCAACCGAGUCCUUCGCCCAGAAAAUGCUCCGUACAACCAUGGACGUCGACUGUCCGCCCUGGCUGGACUGGUUCCACGGCGGACUGCAGUUCCAGGCCAUCCACCAUCUGUACCCACGCGUGCCGCGGCAUAAUUUGCGCCGCACGCAGGCUUUGGUGAUGGAGUUCUGUCGGGAUGUGGGUAUCCCGUACGCGCUUUACGGGUUUGUGGGCGGGAAUCGCAAGGUCUUGGGCAGUUUGGCGGAGGUGGCCAGGCAGGCGGCUAUUUUGGAGAAGUGUCGCAGGACGGUUGCUGAGAGGGGGGAUUUGGUUUGGGGGAGGUAG